AUGGGCGAUACUCCACUUCAAGAAGCUCUUUCCCUCUCCAACGCGGACGCGGCACAGUGGAACAGAGAUCUUAUACUUGCAUUUCAGGCAGAACUGGAAAGGAAUCCAGAGGCUGACCUGAUGUCAAUGUUCUCCGACUCAUAUCGUCUUGAACAUCGGAAUUCCCAGUAUCGUCAGCUAUCUUAUCCUGCGGGGAUCAAUCUCCGAACCUUGCAUGAGCUCUGUGAUACACUCAGGGACGAACCCGAAGUCAACUUGCUGUCCAAAUUCCCGAAAAAUUAUAAUCGGAAGAUUAAUAUGGCGACUGGACCGAAGGUUUUGCCGCCUGUCGAGAAAGAUGCUCCCGAGGUACAAGCCCCUGAGUUCCGCACACGUCUUGAUCUUGCCGAGACUGCCACGGUCAUCUUUCCAUUGUCUAAGGAGGUGGUCGCUCUGCUGGCGCAAUUUGCAGGAGAUCCUUUGAAAGACGGGUCAAGUGACAAUGGGACAGCACUAGUUGUGCCUUUGAAACGUCUUCUUUGGAAGUCGCCCAAGUUGUGGGAGAACCCUGUUAGAGGCGUUGUGGUUAAGUGCAACGACGACAUUGUUGCCAAAGUCAUCUUGGGGAAUAGGGAUUACACCGAAUACACGAGCAUGGAAUUCCUUGCUGAGCGGGCGCCCGAUAUACCUGCUCCGAGACCCCACGGCUUGAUCGCGUUCGGUCCAUUUCGCGUUAUUUUCAUGUCCUAUAUUCCGGACACCACGCUGGCCCAAGUAUGGUCUGAUCUGUCACACGAGGCAAAGUUAUCGAUCCAACAACAGCUAGAAGACAUUUUCUGCCGAUUGAGGUCUCUUCCACAGGACGAGGGAAAGGCGCUUGGGGGGGUUCGCGGAGAAGGGGCCAAAGAGCUUCGUGUUGACGAAUGUGCCUUGUUCAAAGGUAUCACUACAGCCGAGGAGUUUAGCAACCUGCAAUUUUCGGCCCGUCACCAUGGUAGCAACACAUACCUCACGCUCCUUCGCUCCCUAUUGCACCAUGAUAAUCCUAAUAUGGCACAUAUAUUGGUCUUCACCCAUGGUGAUAUUAGGGUUGAUAAUAUCGUGGUGACAAAAGACCGGAAUAUCAAGGGUCAUUAUAUUGUCACUGGGAUCAUUGAUUGGGAGGACAGCGGCUUUUAUCCGGCGUACUAUGAGUGUACUACCCUAACGCGCACCCUGAGCCUAGUGGAUGAAGACGACUGGUUUCUCUACUUACCAGGGAGUAUCUCGCCUUCUAAAUUCUCUAUACGUUGGCUUGUUGAUCGACUUUGGGGGAUUCACGUCCGGUCCACAUAG